AAUAUAAAAAUCAAGUGACAAACACAUGAAUGAAAUCAGAUACUAUUAUAAAAGAUGGGUUAGUCUCUGAAGAAUUUAAGGUAUGUUCUGUACAUUACAAUUCGAGGGUUGAGUUCCAAAAAGAUCGGAAGAAUUUAUUUUUUCUGUGAUACACUGUGAAUGAUUGAUUUAUCUGAGAUUUUAUUGAAAAAAAAUUUGGGAGAAAAGUGCACAUUUGUCCCUUGACUACUAGCCAAUUCUUGAUUAACAUAAGAGUUUUACGACCGUGGUAAUUGAUAAUUAUGUAUGCAAGAAACGUGUUUGAAUGUAUUUGUUAAUUAAGAAAAUAAAACGCACAAUCUUCUCCUAAUCCUGCCCAUGGGAUUUCUGGUAGGAUAAAUAUUUUAGAUUAGAUUGGACACCUUCAUCAAACAGUUGGAGUGCGCGGGGCAUGUAAAUGGAUAAAUGAGACUCCAAACUUGUGCUCCCAUGCCCAUCUGCCCUCUCGCCUUCUCAGGUAUCUGUGGUUUUUGAUCCAUCUUACGAUAGAAUCCCCCAUCCUGACACCGAAUUAGAAAACUCCAUUUUUGAGUAUGGAGGGUACACUCUGUCCAACAGAGCAGGAUCACAACAAGAUCUUCAUGCCUGCCUCCACCUUGGUUUGACAGAUUACAGGUCCCCCUCCCUCCCUCUCUUGUGUAUGGGAAUGGCUUACAACCUCAGUUCAUAAAUACUUUCCAUUACUUUUCUAGAGCAAACUGAUAACUGUAAAUCAACUCGCACAUUAUACUGUUAAUCUCAACCAGAUGACACUUGGGCAUCAUGUUCAGUUGCACACUCAUGAUACUUGGUCAAUGAUCUCAUGCACAUAUUAUCCUUCGAUGCUACAACUCUUGCUGGAGGCGAGACAUUGCAAAUUUACUAAACAUCCCUCCCUUUCAUAUUGACUGGACAUGAGUUCUGUGUCAACUACUUUAGUGUUCAUUGCAGUGGGUUGUCAUAGGUUAAGGUGGACAGAUAUAAUUUUCAAGCUGGAUGCCAGUGUCAAAAUUACUUUUUCAACCAGCCUUUCAUUUACUGGGUUUUUCAUUUUUCUGAUGAUUGGUCUGAAGCUGCUUCUAAAUUUUCUUAUUAAUGAGUGGACUUUUGCUCUUGGUGUGAGCGUUUUACUGAUGUUUGAAUUUCAGUAAUUGUAAUGUAGCAUGAUAUAUUUAUGCCUUUUAUUUUUCCUCCCCCAUAAUGAAGAAUCAAUGCUAUCUGCCUGCUAUCCAGGAUUUUUAUGGGGACAAACAUAAAUCCUCUUUGGGAUAAGUUCCUCCUUCCAUCAGAAGGUAUCUCUUCAUUCAUAUGAAAUCUCAAUCACGGAAGAGGAUUUGUCCAUGCUUGCUUUUGAUUGUUUGACACCUUAUUUUAUUGCUUGCUAGCAUCUCAGUGAUGCCUGUGAGCUCAUAAAUUUGUGUUUUGCUUUUUCUUGGUAUUUAAUGCCCACUUGUGUGGUGGUCUGUCUGUAGUUGGAGGGUUUUUAUUAAGAGAAAUGAUGCAUAUGUCUUCUGUUCGAAAAUUUGUAUAUUUAAAGUUGAAUGAAAUCAAGCAAUAAAUGAUCAGUGAUGAAUUUUAUCGAGACUACAUUAGAGAUACCACCUAGAUUUUUUUAUCAAAAAAGUUAUCUUGUCUGGAUUUGUCACAGAUGAAAGAUCAACCUGGGUAUCUCGUAGAAUUGUAAUAAUUUUUUUAGCUCAGGAUAUCAUUUUAAAAAAAAGUUUUUGCAGCUUUGGUUUUUUGCAGACGACCCAAAACAGUGUCAACACACCUCAAGUCCAUUGGGUAAUAGUGCAAAUGUGCAAUUGUUGAGACGACAUCUGACCAGAAAAUAGAAGUGUUGCAAAGAAGUUACAAUGUAGGGGAAUUUCCUGGACAUUUUGUUUUCCCUGGAGGCCAUCCAGAGUUUAUGUAUGGACAAAUCAUCAGUUGUCAAAAAGAUCUACAGAAAUAUUACAAAUUGCCGAAGUUGGCAGUUCAAUCACUGAUGUUCUAGACUGCAACAAACAAACAGGGAAUUGAAUUGAACAGAAAACCAAAACUCUCUCGAUCGAUCGAUUUUCCUCCAUUCAAUUCAAUCAAAAUGGACGCAGAAUUGUUAGAAUUGGCGAGACAAUUUGAGUCCGCGCAGCAAGCAAAAUCGAGCAUCCGAUUAUCUGAAAGAAACGUCGUCGAAUUAGUCCAAAAACUCCACGAGCUUCACAUCAUCGAUUUCAACCUUCUCCACACUGUCUCCGGCAAAGAAUACAUCACUCCUGAGCAAUUGAGGCAUGAAAUGGUGUUGGAGAUCAAGAAAUUAGGGCGUGUUUCCUUGAUAGAUCUUGCGGAUAUUACUGGCGUUGAUUUAUAUCACGUCGAGAACCAAGCUCAACGCGUCGUUUCGGAUGACCCGAGCGGGCUGAUGUUGAUUCAAGGAGAAAUUGUUUCGCAGUCUUAUUGGGACAAUGUUGCUGAAGAAAUCAAUGAGAGGCUUCAAGAAUGCAGUCAAAUUUCUUUGGCGGAAAUCGCAGCUAACUUGAAUGUUGGCUCUGAACUUGUGGCUUCCAUGUUGGAAGCUCGCCUCGGAACUCUGGUGAAAGGUAGGCUUGAAGGUGGACAAUUGUAUACACCAGCUUAUGUUACUCGUGUUAGCGCCAUGGUUCGUGGUGCUGCGAGGGGUGUUACCGUUCCUACAAAUUUGUCUUUUUUGUGGGGAACCCUGCAGCAGUUGUUGCAAGCAAUGGAUGGAGCUGGUGGUGUGGCUACUGAAAGUUCAUUUUUCCAAUCCUUAUUUAAUGGGCUGGCGAAGGAAGGGGAGAUUCUUGGAUCACUUCGAGCAGGAGUUCAUUGGACACCAACUGUGUUUGCCACUGCUCAAAGGGAGUGUGUAGAUUCUUUCUUUUCUCAGAAUUCUUUUAUCAGCUAUGAUACUCUGCAAAACCUUGGAAUUUCCCAGCCUGUCCAGUUCUUGCAGUCCAGAUAUGCUGAAGGUAUACCUCUGGUAACUGCAUUUGCUCAUCCCUCCAUGAUUGAGAUGUUGGAUGCUGCUGUUGAGGAUGCUAUUGACCGUGGUAGCUGGAUUGAUUCUCUUUCUGUAUUACCCACUUCUUUUGGAUCCCAAGAUGCUUCUAAGAUUUUGUCGCAUUGUAAUUCUGUUCAGUCAGCACUCAAGGGUAAUAAAGGAAUGAUCCUGGGGGAUUCAUAUGUAUUUAGCAAUGGUUUUAUCAAGGAUGUUUAUGGUCGGAUGGAGAAAGAGCUGGAGGUCUUUAGGCUCUCAGGGUCCUCUGGUGUUAUACUGAGUGAUGACUUUCAUUUGGUCAUGGAAGCUAAAAUUAGAACUGAUUCUGGCCGGUCUGUUGAAGUAAAUGAGAAAAAGAAGAAAAAGGGGAAAUCAUCUGGAGCAAGAACUGAAAUCCUUCUAGAUGAUGAGGAAAUUAUUCCUUUGAAAUCUAAGAAAAACCAAAGGAAAGGCAAGGAGGCAUCUUUGGUCCUGUCUGAUACAAAAAAGGGAGCUAAGAAAGAUUUAGCUAGAACGCAAGAGGAUGAUCUUAACAUUCCUUCUGAUGAUUGGAUAAUGCAAAAGAUCCUGACUCUGGUUCCUGAUUUUGAAGAGCAAGCUGAUCUGGCAGGUUUGGAAGAUCCACUGACAAUUCUUGGACCUUUAGCUAACUAUAUGAGACCUAUGUUAAUUAGUUCCUUAAAGGAGAAAAGAAAGACAUUAUUUACAGAAAAUGCUGGGAAAAUGAAGCAACUGCUUGAUAAUUUACAAAAGAAGCUUGAUGAGGCUUUCUUAAAUAUGCAACUGUAUGAAAAGGCACUAGAUUUAUUUGAGGAUGACCAAUCAACCUCUGCUGUCUUGCACAGGCAUUUGUUAAGAACAAUGGCUGCUUCUAUUGGAGAUAUGCUUUUUCAUAACUUGGACAUGCACAACAAAUUGAAGAAUGGAAUUAAUGUUGAAGAGUCUCCAAAUUCAGAAUCUAUCACGCUUGGUUCUGCAGAAAGAACUGCUCUUGCAAAAAGCUUUCCAGGAUCCCUUUCAAAAAAGGCUCUUGCAGUAGUUGAAGCUUUGGAAGGGAAGCGGGUGGAAGCUUUCAUGACUUCACUAAGAGAGGUGGCAGAGGACAGUGGGUUGCUCUUGAAAAAGCUUGACAAGAAAUUGGAAAGAACUCUUCUGCACUCAUACCGCAAGGAUUUGACAGCUCAAGUUUCUGCUGAAACUGAUCCAGUUCUUCUUCUGCCUAAAGUUGUUUCCCUGCUUUAUAUUCAGGUUCGCAAUAAAGCUCUUCAGGCCCCUGGAAGGGCCAUUUCUGUAGCUGUUUCUCGAUUGAAGGACAAACUAGAUGAUUCAGCAUUCAAGAUCCUGACAGAAUAUCAAGCUGCUACAGUAACACUUCUAUCGCUUUUAUCUGCUUCAACUGGUGAUGAAGAAGACUGUACAUCUGACAGGAUUUUAAGUAAAAGGGAGCUUCUGGGGAACUUGAUGCCAGCAUUGAAAGGCCUAGUUUUGGGAACCGCUCAAUCUUGACUUGAACUGAUUUCAAAUCUUUGGCAGCUGGAAAAAUAUUGCAUUCAGAAGCCAACAAAUUCUCCUUUCAAUGGAAAGAUAUCCAGCAAUAUCUCUGGACACUGGACACUGGACAGAACUCCUGCUUGCGCUUGCUCAUGUUUAGAGACUGGGCAGCAGUCUGAAAGUGAAUGUGUUAGUUUACCAUUGUAGGUGACAAUCUCUCAGCAACCAGCUUGAUUUAGAAAUUGACGGAUCUGCGUGAUGGUUAGUUCAAGAUUAGGGUUGGUUGGUGUGGAUAUACAUGAUAGGGUUAUAAAGGUGGGAACAUGAUUAAAGCAGCAGCAGCAGCAGCAUUUGAGGCAAAAUUAUGAGGAACCUUGUAACAUCCUUGUGGUUGCAAAUGAUUUCCAGUGAAAAGAUUCUUGUCAUUUUUCAAUCACAAAAGCAAACAGAUCUUAUCGUUGCUUUUGUCUCUAAAAAGUUUUUCUUGCAGGCAAUAAAUUAUAUCAUUAGCUGUUCUUGAAA